AUGAAGUUCCUGAAGAUUUUAAUAUAUUUUGAAAUUUCUUUGCCAAUAUUCACGUUAACUUCGUCAAUUUUUCAUCAACAAAGCAGCACAACAUCAAUAUCAACAGCAAUUGUGUCAAUUUGUGAGGAAUUUUUCAUCAAUAAUUCUAUAAAGUUCGAUUUUAUUAUGUACGGUGAGCACAGUCGUCAUCUUAGUGACGUCAUUAAUGGCGUUUUGAAAAAGUAUCCAAAAAAUUCGUCAAUAAUAAUCCGAGAUAUGAAAAAUUUUGGAAAUUGGAAUCACAUUCUUAAUGACUCAGCUGUGAUUUUUGUUAAAAAUUCAACAUACGUUCAUAAUUUUAAUAGACACGCGAAGUUCAAGAAUUUAUAUCCGAAACACCUUAAAAUUUUAUUCUACAUUGAGGAACCGACAGCAAAAAUACUAACGAAAUUCUCAGAAUUUACAACAGACAUCCCCAGCAUCAUUACUUCUGAGUAUUUCAUCAUAAAUUCUAAAAAAUUCCUUCAACUUUUCACAGUCAAUCACUUUGCGGACGGAAUUUGCAAUCAAAUUACACCAACAACGCUCAACAUCUUUUUUAAAACAUCACGAAAAUGGAAGUGGGAACUCAAAAACCACAGAAAAUUUCUAAAUUUUCACCAAUGUCCGCUGACAAUUCUUGAGAGUUACGGAGGAGCUUUAAAUAUUGAGAGCUUAAAUCUUGAACUUUUCGCAUGUUUAAAGGCACACAAAAGCCAAUUUUGUCAUGAUCUCAGAAGGAACCUGACCAAAGCUCCAAAUCUGAAGCUUCGCGGACUGACUUAUGAACUUUUCGAACUCAUGGCAAAAACUGCGAAUUUCACUCCAAAAUAUGAAUUUUUACCAUUGAGCUCAAAAAAUAAAUCAGAAAUUUAUGUAAAAAUUUGGAGGAUUCCAUUCAACACAGAUGAUCCAUUUAUGCACUUACUGAUGCCAAUUUAUCCUUAUGAGUACAUCAUUGUCACAACACCAAGUGAAUACUACACAAAUUAUGAGAAACUUUUACUACCGUUUGACGUCACGACUUGGAUAUUAAUCAUUAUUGCCUUCUUAACGUCAUUCUUAAUGAUUUCUUUGAUGGAAAUUUUCCAUAAACUAUCAAACCUUCGAAGUCUGCAUUCGUCAUUCGUGAAUGUCAUUCAAGUGAUUUUUGGAAAUUCUGUCAAGAGACCACCAAGGAAGGUGCUGCAAAGGGUAGUCAUGAUCUUGUUUAUCUUCUUGUGUUUGAUCUUUAGAACAUGCUAUCAAAAUAAGCUGUUUGAAUUCAUCACAGAUGAGAUGAGGAAACCACCGCCGAGGGAUUUGGAUGAUUUAUUUGCUCGAAGUUACAAUAUUGUGUCUUAUUUGGAACCAAGGAUGUUCUUCUUGCUGAAACAAAAGUUGAUGCCUAGAAAAAAAAACAAAACAGUUCAUGUCGACAAUCAGCACAAGGUCUUGAAAUUCUUUUGUGCAAAUUACGAAGAUUCAACAGCAAAGCUCGGAUUCUUCAUGCCAAAGUCAGUCCUUGGAUAUACAAAUACAAUGUGUGGCAGCCCAGCAACAAUCUUGAAGAACUUUAAGUUUGUGGAUGAUUCGAUGAAUUUUGGAAUUACCAGAAACAGCAUUUUGUACGAGUCACUGAGCGAAGUCAUCGAAAAGUUAAAUCCGUCGGGAAUUAUUCAAUAUUUAAUAAACUACGAUUCGUGGGUAACUUAUGACAAAUUUGAUUCAGCAGUGACUAAAGUUCCUCGAAUUUUAACAUUUAAUGAUUUGAGUUUUGGAUUUGUGUUGUGGCUUGCUGCCUGUGGGAUUUCAGUUGUCGGAUUUGCUGUGGAAAUGACCGAGUACAAAAUGAGGAUUGCCAUCAAAAAUAUGAUUGGAGUUGUGGUCUUUCUGUCAAGUGUUAAGUGGAGGUUCCUUUAA